AUGAAACUGCGGCAGCACGGCGACGGCGGGCCGCGGGCUGGUUGCGGCUGCGUUUCUCAUGAUGACGAAUCGGCCGAAGGCUUCCAGCGGAGCUCGCAGGAUCAACUGGAGAUGGCGAGGAGGCGUCGCUCCUCGGGCGCUGGAGACAGCGGGAAUCCGCCUAUCUCUGCCUCAGGUCUCUACGCGCCAGUAGGCGACGCGGGGGGCCCUUCAGACGGCAAGCACGCACAGAGGAAAGGACAGACGGCGGACCCUGUUGCGGCGUGCUCCCGCGGCCUGGUGCGCUGUCUGGGGGGCCUGUGCAGCCCACCGCGCCCGCUGACAGUCUUUCUUUGCCUCCUGCCGCUGGCGGCGCUUUCCAGUGUGUUGCUUCUCCUCGUCUGCCGCAGCGCCCGGAAAGGCGUUAACGUGUUUGACCUGAAGUCCGCGUUCUUCGGCAACUCCUACGGGUGUUUCAUUCGUGACGCGCAGGACGCGGAGAGUGCUCGAGCCGAAAACUUCUCCCUUUCGCUCUUCCCUUUUCUGUCUGAGCUCGCUGACCGUCUCGUCCCCAGCGACGACCUCGACCCCCUUCUGCAACCCAGAGCGGACCGGCAAAGUCGCGCCCUCUCUCUGCGGCAACUGCCUGCCGCCGCAGGCGACGCAGCGUCGGCUCGCGGCGCGAUGACGGGAGCCUUUGAAGGCGCCGGCGGCAACCGGUUGUUCUGUUUCGACGCAGCUCUAGACCCUGUCGGGGCGCAACAGGGGCAGGCGGCCGUCACCACGGCAAAGCGAGCGAACGCGGCAGGCGCUUCUGAGCAGGAUGUUGGCAGGGCACAGAACGCAGGCGGCGUGGCGGCGGCUGCGGUCGCCGUCGCGAAUGGGCCCUGUCUGCCCUCGUUCGAGGCGGCCAUUCGUCUGUACGAUUGGCGGCUGAAGAAUUCCUGGGCGGCCCGACGGUGGCGGUACCACGCGCCGGAGUAUGUUCGCAAGGCGUUUACGCUUUUCCUCCCCAUCGACCGGCGGCUGCACGAGCUGUAUCGGCGCGAAAUGGCUGCGAUUCUCGCCAUCGUAGGCCCCUACGUCGAGAUUGAGCCUCCAGUGCCCAUCGCCGCGGACUGCUACCCGCCAGAGGCGUACACGGUAGUGCCCCGGCGAGCGUCGGCGGAGGGCGGCGGAGGCCCCAAGCGCGCGUCGAACGCAGACGGCGCGCAAGAGAAGCCCGCAGCAGCAGCCUUCCACGCGCCCUUUACUGGAGAGGCAGCCUCUUUCAACGCGUCCAGUCGGCAUGCAGAGGAUGAAAAGCUUCACACAAGUCAAGUCACUCUCGACGCGUACUGCGAAGAAGCGCGGAGAGUGCACCGGGGCGCCUUCACGGGCAAGGGCCGCGAGAAAGCCGUGAAAAUCGUCGACACUGUCAUUCUCGGGUAUGACUUGGAUCUUCUGGAAGUUCGUCUGUACGAGCUGGAGCACACGGUCGACUACUUUGUGAUCCUCGAGUCCCGCCAUCACACGACCGGGUUGUUUGAGAAGCCCCUUCUCUUCAAGCAGAAUCGUCACCGGUUCGCUCGGUUUCUCCACAAAGUGAUCUACUUCGAAAUCCCCCCUGCGAUCAGCCAGUCCUACGCGGACUUCUGCGCCAAGAGAUUUCUUCAGGACUACGACAAUUGUUGGAGAUUCGAGUUCAGCAGUCGGGACAUCCUGCUGUGGAUGCUGGCGCGGCUCAAUGAGGGCAUCGACGCGGCGGGGAACACGCAUCUCUCUGCGCCUCUCUUUGGCACCGACGACCUCAUCAUGACUGGCGACCCCGACGAGAUCAUUCGAGGAGACCGGCUGCGCCACCUCAAGUUCUGUGAGCCUGUAGAGCAGCCGACCCUCGGAUGGGCGAUGGUGCACUAUCCCGGCCGCAUUGACGCCAUGGCGCAGAAGGAGUUUGGAGCGCAAACGGGGCUCGCGACGGAUGUCCCUUACGCUAUUGGGCCUCUUAUGGACACAUUUAGAUACCAGGCCAUUCAGUACUUAGUCAGGGUUCCUGACCCGCGGGUUCUCGGUCACGUUUUCCGCCGGCACGCCCUCUCGCAGCUGCAGCCUCCCCUCUAUCUCUACGGAGGAUGGCACAUGAGCGAUUUGUCUUAUCUCCCGUACCUGAUGAGCAAAAUCCCGGUCGACGACAACAAGCCAGGCUACGAGCCGUGGAGUGUGUAUCGACACCUCGUGAACGGCGAGCUAGACCUCGCGCAGCGGGAAGUCUGGGAGAAGUUCCGAGACUACCGGCAAGUUGGCGCGUCCGUCGUUGAAGCGAGCCAGGUGCCGGAGGCCUACAGAGACAUUGGCUUCGGCGAUGUUCCCUGGGUCAUGAAGUGCAACCCGAUGAGGUACCCGACGUGGUUUCGAAUGCUAGACAAAAGGUACUUCAUGCACCCGAACAAGUCCUUCUAUCGAGGCGCAGAGCCGCUCUUCGCUCAAGACGUCCGGCAGUGGCUGGAAAUUGUGAACGGCAUUCGAGACAAAUACAAGCCUCCGGUGUCCUGA